CCCAGCUCCUGACAUCAUGCAAAUCAUCGCACAAGUACCCUCCCACAGGAGAUAUCAUCACUCUGAGAUAAAUAUUUAACAAUUAUCAAAAUACAUGCUACCUUGAACAUGGGUGCCCGUGUCAUCUAUUGGUUUCGAACCGAUCUGCGAUUGCACGAUUCCCCAGCUCUGCAAGUUGCUCUCGACCUGAACCCAGAAGUGCUUUGGCCAAUCUUCACAUGGGAUCCCCAUUAUGUAUACAAGGCCCGCGGCGGCCUCAAUCGAUGGCAGUUUCUUCUAGACUGCCAGAUGGAUCUAUCAGCAUCCAUCACCAAGUUGAAUCCGAAAUCCAAGCUUUUUCUGAUCAGAGAGGCUCCACAGACAGUACUGCCCAAACUAUUCAAAUCAUGGAAAGUAACGCAUAUCGUGUUUGAAAGAGACACAGACGCUUACCCGAGGGAGCGAGACGCGGCUGUUACGGCCGCCGCCGAAGCUGCUGGUAUCAAAGUCAUCACGCGAUCUGGAAGAACACUAUGGGACAGCGACGCAAUUGUUAAACAGCGGGAUGGAAAGCCAACAAUGUCCAUUACACAGCUCCAGACCACUGGAAAGCAGCUCGGAUUGAUACCACGUCCCAUCCCUGCCCCUACAAGCCUUCCAGACCCAGGUCCUAUGCCGCUGGAUUUUGAAUCAGAGCCACCUGCGCCUACGGAGGAUAUAAAUUCAGAGCAACGUACAAAAAGCGAUACUGGGUAUAUGUCCAUUGCUGGUCCAAAAGGAGACUUUGGAAUCGAGACAAUGGAGGAACUUGGAUUUCCAUCCGCAACUACGCCACACAGAGGAGGAGAGUCGAUUGCUCUUCGUAUGCUGGAUGAUAUAAUCGAUAAUGAAGAGUACACAGCAAAAUUCGAGAAACCGAAAACAAGCCCGGCUCAGUUUGAGCCCCAGUCUACAACGCUACUUUCCCCAUUUCUUCACUUUGGCGCCUUAUCACCUCGCCUAUUUUACUGGAGAGUUCAAGAUCUCACGGACGCCUACGGAAACGGAGCAUCAAAGCCACCAACAAGUAUAACAGGCCAACUGCUAUUCCGUGACAUGUACUUUGCCGCGCAAGCUGCAAUUGGCCCAGCCUUUACACAAACUAUUCGUAACAGGCACUGUCGGUUUAUCCCAUGGCACUUGCGGUCCAAGGUUGACCCUAAAACUGGCAUGGUAACAGGCGAGUACGAAAUUGACUCUGAAGAAGCAGAGGUGUGGUUCCAGCGCUGGAAGCGUGGCACUACUGGAUUUCCUUGGAUUGACGCUCUCAUGCGCCAACUGAGGCACGACGGCUGGAUCCACCAUCUAGGCCGGCAUUCGGUAGCAUGCUUCUUAACAAGAGGCGGCUGUUACAUCGAUUGGGAGCGAGGUGCGGAAGUAUUUGAAGAGCUCUUACUCGAUCACGAACCAGCUUGUAACGCUGGCAACUGGCAGUGGCUAUCUUGUUCGGCGUUCUUCCAUCAGUAUUUUCGCUGCUACAGUCCCAUUGCGUUUGGCAGAAACUGGGAUAAGAAUGGGGACUUUGUUCGUCGAUGGAUUCCAGAACUAAAAGACUUUCCAGCCAAGUUUAUCUAUGAACCGUGGAAAGCACCCAUACAAGAUCAGAAAAAGGCGGGAGUGCGUAUUACCGGUGAUGGUAUUUCGGAGCCUAAGGACUCCGAAUUAGCCACUUACCCGAAGCCCAUGUUCGACUUUAACAAACGAAGAGACAUAUGCAUGGCGGCUAUGAAGGAUGCCUAUGAUGUAGCACUAUUUGGUGAUGACCCCUGCAUCAUGGACGGCACAUGGAAGGGGUCCUUCCUGUCCGAUAUUGAAAACCAGGAUGAGGAUGAUGAGGAAGACGACAUGAGUGAUGUUGAUGGACGCAUAGAUAAAGAAGAAGACGUUAAGAGUGAAAGUGGCAAGCGGAAAGGGUCGUCCAAGACCAAACCGUCUAAGAAGAGAAAGAAUUAACGUAUCUAGUCUAUAUUACAAGGCGUUCUUAUUCUACAUUUUAUGAUGGUGUACAUUCAAACUGUCGCUUUCUUGUCCAACAGCCGUGACCAUUCCGCUGCCAAAUUGAGAUGCUUUGUCUUUGAAGCAGAGUCCUUUGCUGCCGCAGCAUCUUCGGUUUCCAUUUCGACAAGGGCCUUGAUAGCCUGCUCAUCGUAAAAUCCAGCAGCAUAUUCAUAAUGGUUUUUUGCUAAUGUCCUAUUUCUCGACCUUAGCGCAUGAGCUAACGGAACAGUGGCAAUGGGUAAUCCCUCUGCAGCCAGCUCUUCAAGCACCGGGAUGGCUUUGUCAAAACGGUUCAACUUGACAUCUGCUUGAGCAAUUGCAUAUCGGCAUAAUGCUUUCCACUCAAAGUCUUGUCCCCCGUUAAGGCUUAGAGCAUGAUUCAGCAAAGGAAUAGCGCUCUCUGGCGAUCCUUGGCCUAUGCGCCUCAUGCCUUCCACGGUCAGUGCAUCCGGGUUCUUGGCCACAGUGACAAUACGUUUGAAACGUUCUUCCACAGGUUUCAGCUGUGUCGAUUGUCCGUAAAGGUUUGCUUGUAUGAUGGCGUUUGUAAGUGUGAUUGUGGACGGGUCAUGACCACUGCGAGAACAGGCCAUGAGCAUAGCUGCCACGACAGGCUGUAGGAUGCGCUGCGGGUAAAAGCUGCUUAAUAUACAGGCGGCAUCGUGAAGUACUGGCGCAGAAACACCCUCAACUAGUACACGUUAGUAAAUAUCUUGGGGCCGGUAAGCAAGGGAGAAUAGAUAUAAGCCUUACGCUUACUGAUGUCAACCUGUAAGGGGCUUUCCCUUGAGCGAGCCUCGUCCACAAACUUAUGCGCUGCUGAAUAGUAUUCUGCUGCAGAUGCGAGAGUAAAGGGACAAUUAUUGGAAGCGACUGCUACUUCGAAUCUCGACAGCGGAACUCCCUCCAAAGUAAUUGGCUCUCGGAGCUUCUGCAGGCGUGCCACCGCGGCGUCGCUGCUAGGUGAUGGCGACGCCUUCCGUAUGGGUCUGCCGGCUUGACGAUGAGCAAACCGAGUAAAUUGAUACUGAAUUGGCACGGUGAGAGAAGGCGAUACAAGCACCCUGCGUGAUUGGCACAGAAAGCGAGUGGCACGAGAACAGCGCGGCGUGGCCAUGCUUCUGUUUUGAACGUCCGAGGUGGUUGCCCUGAUGAAGUUGGAUAUGUAAAAUUACCCCUGGGAAUGUACAGAAUCCAAUUGAAGCGAAACCGUGGCCCUUGCUUUUGAUGGUUGUCGAUUCACU